CCCUGAGCGGUUACCCCGAGCCCCAUUUGGGACUCCGAGGAAGAAGAUUAGGAAAUGUACUUCAUAUUCUAAGUUACCACACAAAACUGCACAAUGACUGUCGAACUCAACGACUUUGUUUACGAAGAAGAAAUGGUUGAGCUAUGUCAAGCAGCGGAAGUUGAAUUUGACUUAGUGAACCUGUGUAUACAAGUAGAAACCGAUCAAGCUGCUUUAUCAAGACAAAGUGGAGGAGGUGUAAAAAGAAAAAUUGCUGUCACAAAAUAUUCUUCGAGUAAGCGUCCAUUUUCUCAAGAGCCUUCAACAUCUGCUGCGGUGGUAACAACGAACCCAAUACAGGAAGAAACAACUACAUCUGUAAGUUCUACAAACAAUAAUACUAUCGAAUGCCUUAACUGCAAAGUAUAUGUUAACAGAAAAUAUUAUACCAAUCAUCUUAAAAGCAAGACUCAUAGCAAAAAUGUUCUAAGUUUAAAUCCCAACUUAAAUAAUGUUCAAUUAAUAGAAACUGCUUUCGGACGGCGGAUAGUAACGUACAGAAUCCCCAAUUCCACUAACACUAAUUCUAUAUUCGAAACUCCUGAGCACUUUCUUAACAUAAUUAAAAAUACUGUGUCUGUCAUACAAGUUGUGCAGAAAAGUUUGAAACCCCCAAAUUUAUUCCCAUAA